AUGGGGGGGUGCGGCGCCAUUCUCGUAAUCGGUUUCGUCCUCGCGACUACCCGAAGCUUUAGUCUCGAUGCUGCCGCGAUGUCCGAGGGCGUUGAGGGUCCCGCCACUUCGAACGCUAUGCAGGAGCUGCACCGCCAGGCACGAGACGACGUGCUGGGAAUUUUAGCUGCGCCCGCGGACUCGUGCCUCACGAGCAACUGGCGAUUUACCUCAGCAAAUCAGGGAUGUACGGCUGCAGACCAGUGCGGAAAAGACGAAUGGUGCGCGAGAGAGUCGAGGACGGUGACUAUGGUGGGGCUGAAGGCGCAGGGAGAGGGAGAGGAGUCCGACUGCAACAGCCAGAAUCUCAGCAUUCUGGUCAGGCUUCAAGGUCCAGAGGCACUAGCUGAGGCUGCGACGCCUGUGGAGGGCAGGUGCCACGAAGUGGCCGGUCAAUACCCCGAAGGAUCCGUCGAGAUGGGCUCCGUGGGGGGUGUGGUGUUCUACGGCCUUGCGGAGGCAUGCUGCACCCUGUGCACCCGCUGGGAAGGGUGCGUGGGCUGGUCGAACACCGUCAAGCCCGAUAUCGCCACCAUCGACGGGGAAAAAAAGUGUGUGCUGUACUCGUCUGUGAGCGGGCCGCCCGUGGAAGACAAGGCAAUGAACCGCGCCAUCACCAGCGGCGUACCAAGAGACGAAGAGAGUAUGAUGUACCUCGCGCACUCCAUGUCCAUCGCAAGAAGUUGGUGCACACCGGACAGCGCGAGGGUCCUGGGCAGCGGCAAGAAAUUGACGGUGAAGGCGGCGGGGCCGUCGGUAUCAAUCGCAGACGGGGACGGCGCGCUACCACUGUGCAGGUCCACCAACGUCCUCCCCGAACCCGGCCGUUGGGUGGGUCUACAUGAUGUAGAAUGCGGCGACAUGCGAGCAGAGGGGAUUCAUGGGGACCCUAUUUGGCCGGAUUAUCGAAGAGACAUCUUCGGCGUCACCAAGCCCGAGGAGUGCUUCUUCAAGCCUUACAACCUUCCCACGUCGGGAGGCAAGGUGGACGGCUACCAGCAAGCGAUUACAGGAGGCUACGUGUGGAAGCCUUACGACUGUCGCUACCCUCCUUUGAAUGUAGAAGCGCGCCACACUUGCUUCGAGGCCUUGAACAUCACCAGAUUUCUUGACUACGGGGACAGUAUGAUCCAAACAAGCAGGCAGCCAAGAGCCGAGCUGUGGCUACCGAAGAACGUCGAUGUGCACGGGAAAGCAGGCAGCCGAGAUGAGCAGGCUCGAGGGAAGCAGGCCGGCUGUCCGGCCGGUUUUUACAUGGAUGAUGGCGACGAUGAUGCCGAAACUUCCGGUGACGGUUCGCCUAUCAAGUACCGCUACUGCGGUUUAUCCGGUUUCCACUAUUCCAAGGACGACGCGAUCAGAGACUACAUUCUAUCGUUUCGGCCGGACGUCGUUCUGGCCAACUGGGGCAUGAUACACAAGCUGUGGCACCAUGACUUUGGCGGCGAGAUCGCCCGCUUUUUCGAGAAUCUGGGCAAGACAUUGGACAAAAUGACUGAGAACGGAGAAUUCCGCCCUAGGUUUCUGUUCUGGUUGUCUUCCCCCUUCCUGGUGAGCGAGAGGGAGCCACACUGCGUCCUAGAACGUGCUGUUCAGUUCAACGACGGCCUUCGGGCUGUGCUGGAACCCAGGGGGUGGAUUGAGGUGAACUGGACGACCUUGACCAAGAAGUGGGCUCUCGACAUCCAGGAUGGCAUGCACCACGGGAAGCACGCCACGAGGAUGCUAGCGCACCUGCUGGUACACCGCAUGUGUCAAGACCGCGAGGACCCCGGUCCUUGAUUGGUGGUUGCAAGGAAGAGCAUUCGCCGGUUUAGGAGGUUAAGACCCGGGCUGCCUUCCUGGUGAAUCACUACGCGGUAAUUUUGCGAUAAUAGUAAUCCCAAUUACCGCCUAGACACGCCAAGUGAUUUACCGUUCCCAUAGCAAUAGCAAUAGACUUUCCAGUGACACCGAGGUAGGCCUGGGGUCCGCAAAAAUGGGGCGGUUGAACGAGGGGCGCGGUACGAAUCCCGGCCUGCUCGUGUGUUCAUUUCAUUUUCAUUUCUACCUGCUUUUUUCUCGUGGUAUUUUCGCGAGAAAAAAUAACUCUUUAUGUACGAAGUGUGGUGAUUGACAACACACGCACGUACGUAAGUCUGCACCAAGCAAGGCCAUGACGUCGUUGAACCCAACGACAAGUUGCGACAGCAAAGAGGAGGUGGGGGUUGUUGAAGUGGAGGCGACCACAGCCGACGGACACGUUUGUUGCCAAAAUUUAAAGUCAAGUUGAGAGUACCACGCCCGGCUGAUACAGACGUCGCGCUCGUGUUAAUGUAAACCUACAGUAAAGUCUGUUUUGGUUGUUCUAUUUUCUACGAUAAAGUACUACAUCUGCUUUCAAUUUGCUUCCUGUUGGUCGAACGAUUGAGAUUUGACUUCGGCAGUGACAUGCUUUUUUUGUUUUAUGUGGUGGUCUGUUGUUGCGUGGGUGUUUUUUUGGCGUUGGAUUGGAGUCUCUCUCUGGAUGAGGAAGGCGGCGACAUUUUCGUGCUUUCCUCCUUUUCGUCUGCUCUGUUUCUUGAUCGAGUCGUAAACAUUGCUGGACAUAGCUCGGGACUCUGUUAUCGUGGCGAUGAGGCGAUGAGGCCUGCCCGCAACAAUGAGGAGACGUUGGUGUUCUACCUUGCUAUUUGUGCUGACGCUUUGGUUGAUGGAUGUCGUGCUCGGUGAAUGUGUCGCACACCACGUUGGUGCGGUGAUCACACACUCACGAAAUACCAUAGCAUAACAAAGAGCACAUACAAUGCAUUUACCGUGUAGUCCCG